AUGCAUACUGAUGCAUUUGGUCGCAAUAGCCACCUGAAAACACAUAUGACAGUGCACACAGGAGAGAGGAAUUAUAAAUGUGAAAUAUGUCACAAAGCAUUUGGUCGCAAUAGCCACCUGAAAACACAUAUGAUAGUGCACACAGGAGAGAUGAAUUAUAAAUGUGAAAUAUGUGAAAAAAACUUUCUUUAUGUUAACACUCUAAAAUCUCAUAUGACAGUGCACACGGGAGAGAACAAUUAUAACUGUGAAAUAUGUGACAAAGGCUUUCUUUAUAUUAGCACUCUUAAAAAUCAUAUGAGAGUGCACACAGGAGAGAAGAAUUUUAAAUGUGAAAUAUGUGACAAAGCAUUUGCUCACAAUACCCAACUGAAAACACAUAUGAUAGUGCACACAGGAGAAAACAGUUAUAAAUGUGAAAUAUGUGACAAAGCCUUUCCUUAUAUUAGCACUCUAAAAGAUCAUAUGAGAGUGCACACAGGAGAGAAGAAAUUUAAAUGUGAAAUAUGUGACAAAGCAUUUGGUCGCAAUACGCAUCUAAAAAGACAUAUGACAGUGCACACAGCAGAAAAAAAUUAUAAAUGCAAAAUAUGUGACAAAGCGUUUGCUCACAAUACCCAACUGAAAACACAUAUGAUAGUGCACACAGGAGAGAACAGUUAUAAAUGCGAACUAUGUGACAAAGCAUUUGGUCGCAAAACCAAUCUGAAAACACAUAUGACAGUGCACACCGGAGAGAAGAAUUUUAAAUGUGAAAUAUGUGACAAAGCUUUUCCUUAUAUUAGCACUCUAAAAGAUCAUAUGAGAGUGCACACAGGAGAGAAGAAUUUUAAAUGUGAAAUAUGUGACAAAGCAUUUGGUCGCAAAAAUCAUCUGAAAACACAUAUGACAGUGCACACAGGAGAGAAAAAUUAUGAAUGCAAAAUAUGUGACAAAGCAUUUGCUCACAAUACCCAACUGAAAACACAUAUGAUAGUGCACACAGGAGAAAACAGUUAUAAAUGUGAAAUAUGUUAG